GGAAAUUUCGCUUUAAGUGAUACCCAUCAGAUACACAUUUGAUAUAGUUAACAUUUCAAAGUGAAACGUAACAGUUGUUCCACAAUUGUCUUCGGAAAAAUUUCAAAAUGUUUUUCAAAAUUUUCGUCUUUGCGGUGGCAUUGAUUGGAUCCGCAACUGCUGUCGGUUGUCCUACCUGCGCUGGAAUUGACAAUUGUUACGGUCCGAACCCAACUACCGUGAAGGAAGAAUGCGAGUCGGCUAAAUCCCUGGCAGAGGUCAAAAUCAUGACGGCGGUGUAUCCGAAUUUGGAAUCCAAACUGCUACAGAAUGGAAAGUAUCAGUGUUUCGAGUUGCAGUUAGUGUCCGCCAAUUUACAAAUGUUUCGCAAAGGAUGUCUGCCGAAGUCGGAUCCACUUUUGUGUAGCAACGAACACAACCUUGGUGAUUUUGUGGGCAUCAAUUGCACUUCUUACACUGCGGGCAGCACCAGUUUGCAUCGAAAUAUGCAAUUUGCCUUUGUGGGAGCCCUGUUUGUCGUAAUCAAACGGUUGAUCAAUUAAACACUGUAAAAAAUAAAACAAGCGCAGUUCGAAAUAA